AUGGGCGGCCUCAGCGCCUCCGACGCCUUCUGGAUGCACCUGCGCACGCUCUGCCUCGACCAGUUCCCCUGCGGGACUGGGAGCUGGAACAAAUCCCGUUUCUCCCCUCGGAAAGCCAAAGCCACGUGGCGCUUUGGGCAGCGACAGAUGAGCGUGGCGCUGUGUGACCAGCUCGUCCCUCCCACCGAAGAGACCGCGGAAGCGCUCACGGAGUUCCUGAGAAGCCCCGGCUCUCCGUGGGCCCUGCCUCCCAACUGCAUCCCCGAGGACCAGCAGCUGAGGGAGCUGGCCGUGCGGACUCCGCAGGUCAUCCAAGACAGCUUCAUCUUCUCCUACUUCAAAUCGCUCAGGAUCGUGAAUAGAGGCGUGACUGAAAUUGAUGCCAAUUUGUUAAAAUUUCCCAACCUGGAAGAGCUCAUCCUGAGCGCCAAUCACAUCAGCAGGAUCAACUCCACCAACCUCCCUCCAACACUGAAGGUGCUGGAACUUUGUGGCAAUGAGGUGGACUGCUUGAAGGACCUGUGCGCCCCCCCUCCUCCGGAGCUCCAGCAUUUGGGGCUUGGUCAUAAUUGCCAGCUGGGCUCUUCCCAGGAAGACUAUCUCACGGAUGCUUUCUGGCCGAAACUCGUCUCCCUCGACUUGAGUUACAACAAUUUUACGGACUUGCUGAGCCUCCUCUCCAAGCUCGGGACACUGAAGAAGCUCCGUGUCCUCAUCCUGGAGGGCAACCCCCUGGCUCUGAUGCCCGGCUACCGCGGCUUCACCAUAGACAGCCUGCCCAAACUCUGCGCCCUGGAUGAUGGCAACAUCACCCCCGAUGAAAGGCACUCCUUCUUGAGCAUCUCCUGCAAUCCAGCACUACUGCAGGAGGACGUCGAAGUCAUUGUCACAAUUGGCAAGGUCCGAGGAAUUCCCAAUCCUGCAGGCUCCGAGGAUCCAGAAAGUACCCCCGAGUCUCCUGUGGUCACCUACAGCUACUACGUGACAUAUGAGUUUGCCAAAGGCGAAAAAAUCAGUGAUGGGGACAACACCAAGGUCACGGCGUCCCAAAAUCCAGUAUCUAUUGUGCCGGACACAGGAAGCCCACCGGCAGGGCCAGAAGCAGCAGGGGACAGUGGGGUCCCGGCUCUGGAUGCGCCCACUAAGUUGGACCCGCCUUCUGAAAUGGCGAAUGUUUACUCCACGCUUCGCAAACCCUGGGCCGAGACCAUCGAGUACGAAUACAGAAAGGAACACGUCACCAAAGACCUGGUCGCUUUGAAGGCCUAUCUUCUUGCUGGAACCACCGUGGCAGUUGUGGAAGAAAAGAUCGUCUCCUGGCCUGUCAUUGUUACUCCGGUCGAGACGCCCAGCAAGAAAGGGAAGGGGAAAGCUGAGAAAGGGAAACCGGAAAAGGGGAAGAAGGAGAAAGGGAAAGAAGAGAAGGGCAAAGUGGAGAAGGGGAAGGCGAAAGACGGCGGGAAGGGGAGCAGCAAGAAGAAGAAGAAGCCACCCUCCCCAGAGUUCCAAAGCGACCCUCCCAUCCUGAAGACCCUGGGCUCCGGCCCUGUCAGCCUUCGAAGCCUGCUGGCCGGAGAGUCGCUGUUGACAACCGUCUGUGACUUUGGCGUUCUGAUCACGGAGCUGAGGCCUCAGCUCUCCGCCCUGAAAGAGAAGGAUGGUAAGAAGGGCAAAAAUAAAGAUAAGAAACCCAAAGGUGGAACGGAGAGCGCAGCGAUCCGGAAGACCGCGUCGUCUGCCAAAGGGAAAGGAAGAAAACAGGAGUCUCCUAGAGGGGCAGACGUUCAAGCAAUCCAGCCAGUGCCUCUGACUGUGGAAUUCCAAAUCCAGCACCUUAAGUGGAAGUCGGCAUCACAGAUCUUAAUCAAGCCCAAAGUAUCCACAUAA